AUUUAAACUGGGGAACCUCAACAAAAAUAUCUCCAGCCUAGAACCGAAAUGAUUGAACAAGGUAUUACAGACACUGCUUUCCCAACUGUUGAAAACAAUGUUACGGUUGUCAAGCAAAUGCUUCAUGAUAGGAGCGACAAAUUUGAAUGUAGACAUUAUAACAGAAGUGCAUCUGUAGCUGUUAUUAUCUUUUGCGGCAUAGCCAUGUACAUUCAAAUAAACUGGCUGUUUCUUUCAUUCAAAGGAAAAAGAUUACAUAUCCGAGAGAAUACAUUUCAUUUUAUACAAGUUUUCGUUCACAUUUGCGGCAUACUCAAAGAACUCAUAAUAGGCAUUCUUGUGGCCUUGGAUUUCAAUGAAUGUAACUUGCCAGGGAGUUUUACAUGGAGGAAAUACUUACCAAUGUGUAGGCUGAGUAUGAAAUUCCUUUGCUUGAUUGGAAUUGUUAGGAUGGUAAAAGUUACUCAACCAAAUAGACGGAUUCCCUGGUGGAUAAUUUGUGUAAUGUCAGUCAUAGUAUGUCUGUACUGCGCAAUACUUAUCAUAAUACCACACCACAAUGACCUUAUUUGGGUGGACAAUGUAGCUGACAUAUGCUGUUUUGGCCUCACAGUAAUUGUACAUUCUAAGAUGGUAUGGUCCUUAAGGAAGAAGAUUUUUACGAUACAUAUUCAGCCUAAUGUCAAAAGCAGACAACAUCAGGCAAGCGUGCAAACACCAGUCGAUGUGUUCCAAGUCCAUAAGCUUGAAGAGAUGCAUGGCCGUCAGAAACAGCCAAAUGUAAUAGAUGAUACAUUCAAGAUUGAUAAGAUUGACACGAAUACCCAUCAGACAGAAUCAAACGUACAAGCUGAUACGCAAACUCAUAUUGUUGAUGCAUUCCAGAUUCAUAUAGAUUUGGAUGAGUUAGAAAAUAAUGAGGCAACACAAGAACAGCCACACAUACAGAAUGAAAUAAUCAGUGACAUUAGGACGACAUUUAAUACUUUUAUAAAAGAAAAUGCCAAAGGAGUGAUGAAUAAAACUAAUCCAAAGAAGGCGCAUAAUACAGUGGAGUGUCACAAAGUUAAAAAAAACUGGUUUAAGAAUAAGAUUUCUCCAUUUUCUCCAUCUAAGGCUUUUGAUGAAUCAAAUCCUGAUGGGAAGCAUCAUCAAAAUCAACAAAAGCAGCUUAGUAUCAUCCACCCAUUACGACGAAAGGAUUUCAUUUGGGAAUACAAAUUGAUUGCCAGUGAAGUUGUUGUCUUGCUUAUUGCAGCACUGUUUCACAUGGUUAUACAGAUAACAUUUAGAAUGAAUGACAGUCAAUUGUUCCAUCUCUUAUAUUCAAUAUCUGUAUUGUGUCUUUACAGUAUCAUCAAAUGUUUGAAGUUUCUCACCAGUAGGGCUUUACGUCAUGAAUUUAUCAAGUUUUAUUCGAGGAAGAGUACGCGAGUGAAGUCAGUAGACUUAUACUGAAAGUUUUUAUGAAAUAUAUACUUCAUUUAUCACAAAUAUGUUGAAACCUGUGUAUCCGAACACCUGGCUAAGAUGAACAAUGGACACUGUCGUGAUUUUAUCAAUCGGUUACAACAAGGACAACAUAACUUGAGUCUUGAAAUAUCAGAGAAAGUUGUAAAGCAUGAAGCCUUUAAAGAAAUGCACCUAUUUUGUAUAUUAAACUAACUAAGUGAGAAUAUUCCAAUGAUAUAAUAAAUCAUAUAUUCCAUUUUAUUUUUGGUGAAUACAUGGUUCUCUUUCC